AUGGACGAAGACGCUGAAGGAGUAGUGCCCACAAGCAUUACCGUACAAGUUGAACUCCCCAUUAUCACUCCAUGCACAGAUCAAGGUCCUAUCAAGAGCAGCACCAGUUUCGCAGGCAAACCACUUCGGACGACUCCCAAUCCGUGCACUUUGAGCUGGAGCAGUCUCUCGUACACUGUCAGCACCAAGACGAGCGGAAAGAAGACCAUUCUUACCAACGUCACUGGACGUUGUGCACCUGGAGAGUUGACUGCCGUAAUGGGACCUUCUGGGUCAGGAAAAACGACGCUACUCGACAUCUUGGCGGACCGUAUCAGCUCAGGAACGAUCUCUGGUGACAUCUUCCUUAAUGGCGAGAAACGAAACCACAAGACCUUCCGCGCUGUUUCCAGCUACGUAGCUCAAGAGGACUCGUUGUUAGGCUCAUUCACAGUACGUGAAACACUCGAGAUGGCCGCAAAACUGAGUCUACCAGGCUCCAUCACUCACCACGAGAUCGUAGAACGCGUACAAACUGUAAUUGACGAGAUGGGUCUACGUAAAUGUGAGCACACGUUGGUCGGAGAUGUCUUCCGGAAGGGCAUUUCAGGCGGCCAGAAGCGAAGACUGAGUAUCGCCAUCGAGUUGCUAUCUGAGCCUUCCAUCCUGCUACUGGAUGAGCCUACGUCGGGACUGGAUUCAGCGUCCACCUACAACGUCAUGAAGUUCGUAUCUCGACUCUGUAAAGAGAAUCUGACCGUGAUCUGCACCAUUCACCAGCCCUCAUCGUUAGUGUACGACAUGUUCACUAAUGUAGUGAUCCUCUCUGCAGGUGAGACAGUUUACUUUGGUCCAAGACUCGACAUGUUGCCUCAUUUCGCGUCGCUAGGCUACACCUGCCCCGAGCACGAGGAUCCAGCUGAACACUAUAUUAGCAUCGCCAAUACAGAUUUCGUUGGACACGGGGACAUUCCGGCCCUGGUUGCUGGAUAUGCUGCGAGCUCGAUAGCUAGUAAGAUCCAAGAUGCAAUUACCGCAGACUCGGCGAACGUACAUGACGCUAAAAUGAUUGAAGUCGCUCCAAACUCGCCACUACGACAGCUUGUUGUGCUACUAAAGCGAAAUUUAAUUGACAAUCUGCGCAACCCAGGCAUCUUUUGGGUUCGACUCGUCAUGUACACAGUUCUGUCGUUCAUGAUGGGGACGAUGUUCCUCUCGACCAACAAGCUGAUCGUGGCUCACGACGUGGUGUAUCUACUCACUUACGCCAACUGCUUCCUCGUAUUCAUGUCCAUCGCUGUGCUGCCGUUCUUCAUUGAGCAACGCGCAGUUUUUCUUCGUGAAAGAGCCAACAGCAAUCUCAACGUAUUCAGCUACGUGAUCGCCAACUUCUUGGGAGCUUUACCAGGCAUUUUCUUGAUCGCCCUGAGCUCAACGUUGCUUGUCGGAUACCUCGCGGGUCUCAAUUCGUACGGAAUUUUCCUACUGAUCGUGUUCUUGUCACUUGUGGUGGCUGAGAGCUUGAUGCACCUCGUAGCGGCGUGUGUGUCGCACUUUAUCAUCGGAAUGGCGAUCGGCGCUGCACUUUUCGGAUGGUUCAUCCUGUGUAUGGGGUUGUUCGUGCCACGACCUGCUAUCCCGGACUACUGGAUCUGGGGCCAUUAUCUAGGCUUCCUAUCGUAUGGAUUUGAGGCACUCAUGCACAACCAGUUCCACAACGACGACUCGCCCGAAGCCCUGUUUAUUUUGACAAGAUUCGGCAUGGAAGAUGCUGAUUUGGGUCGUGAUCUGGCUAUCGUAGCUGCAAAUGCUGUGGCCUUCGAGAUCCUCUUCGCUUUCGUCUUGUACAAGUUCCACACAGGCCGUCGGUGA